AUGUUUUUUUCUAAAGAGAGACGAGAAAAUGAGGAAGAUGGGAAACGAAGUUCAGGAAAUAAAAAUAUGUCACAUCAUAAAAAUAAAAAAUAUGUAAGAAAUUUAAAGCAAUCAUUAUAUAAUAAUAAAUAUAUUAAUAAAUUCCAAAAAAGGAAUAAAGAUUUAAAAACAAAAAGAGGAGGUAAUGUUAAUUAUGUAUAUAACAAUGUAUCAACAGAUGUAAACAAUAAUAACAAACAUAGUCAAUUAUAUUUUAGUAAAAAUUUAAUAAAUAGAAAUAAUAAAGAAACACAAAACAGAACAAAUGUAUAUAAAAAAAAUUAUUUUAAUCAUGAUAAUAUAAAUUAUAAUAGUCUAAUAAAUUCACAAACACCAAUUUGUUUUAUACAUAUAGAUAAAACAGAUGAAGAAAUAAAAAAACAAUUACAAUAUAAUGAUCAACUUAAUUCUUUACAAAAUAAUAAUACAAACAAUGAUAUUAUAAAUGAUAUACAAAAUAAUAUAUAUCCAACAUUUAUUGAAGAAAUUAUAUUUACAACUAACGUAGUAUUAUUUACAGGAAUACUUAUAUUAUCAAACAAUGAUAAAAUAUUUCAUAACUUAGAUUUUGAAGGAAAAACUAAUCCAUUACCUAUUGAAUGCAAUUUAAAUAUUUAUAUAAAUGUUGUUAAUAAAUAUAAUUCUCAGCAUUUUAAACAAUUAUUUCCUGUUUCUUAUAAUUUUAAGAGUAGACUUUUUUAUGCAAUUCCUGAUAAUAACAAUUCAACUGUUGAUUCGACAUUAUUAAUUGAUAAAAUUAUUAUAAAAGGAAAUUUUAAAACCCUUUCUUUUAUUGUUUUGGGUCAGUCCGAGGAAAUAAAUGAACAUUUAAGAUACCAUCGCGAAAACAUUUAUGAUAUAAACAUGAAAACCAAAAUUAACGAAACAACUGUAGAUGUAGAAAAUAUCGAAGCAGAAAAGGAUGAUGUUUAUUCUCCUAAAAAACCGGUAUAUAUAAAGACAUAUAACAUAGCCAAUAUAAUGGAAGAAAAUUAUGAUUUUGAAAAAAAGAAUAGUAUUAAUGAUCAUAAAAAUUAUGAAAAUAACCAAAUAGAUGAACUAAAUGAAUUGUCAGCAUUUUCAAAUAUAUUGGAAAAAGAAUUCGUUAAAAAUAAUUUACAUAAUUUACGUAAUAUAAAUAAAAAUUAUCAUAAAAAUAAUAAUUGUAACAAUGUUGAUGAUGAUGCUAAACUAAAUGAGGAUAAAAAGGGAGAAGAAUUUGGACAAAGUGAAAACAUGUCAGACAAACACGAUAUGAACAAGUCAGGCAAACACGAUAUGAACAAGUCAUUAGAAUCAGAUUUAAGUGAUUCGUCAAUCGAAACAGAUGAUGAUAAUAAUAAUAAUAAUUUUAUUCCUCCGAAUAAUGAAUUAAUUAUAAAAAUUUUAAAUUGUUUAACAAAUUUAUAUAAAAAAAAAAAAGAAAUAAACAAAAAUGAUUUACCAAUAUAUAAAAAAAUAAUUAAAUUUGGAGUAAUGUGGUUAUUUUAUAUAUAUAAAAAUAUAAAAACUGAUGAAGAUAAUUUUUUAUUUAAUUAUUCAAAAUAUGCAGAAAUAAAAAUAUAUGAUAUAUUAGGAUGUUUAUUAGUUUUAAGAAGAUGUGCUUUAUAUCCAAAUUUAGCAAAAUAUAUAAUACAUAUGCAAAUUAAUUCAAAUUUAAUUCAAAUUGAUCGUACAUGCCCAUAUAUACUUAUUUAUUUAAUUGAUAUCCUUAGCAUUGAUGGUGUUUAUUUUUUAUCUUCUUGGAAAAUUAAAACGUCCAUUUUAAAAACGAUCAUUGCCUUAAUAUCGAAUUAUUAUGUUAUGGACCUUUUCUGCAAUUAUGUCGAUGAAAAUAAUGAAACUUUGUACACAAAACUGCUUUCUUUAUCUUCUAACAAAAAAAUGAAAAGAUAUAACAUAAAAAGGCUCCUUGGAAUAAUAAUGUGUAGAGUUAAGCUUUAUGAUGAAAUACAUAAAUUUGAAAACAGUGUUAUGGAUAUAAUAAUUCAUAGAGAGGAUUAUAAAAAUUGUCUUUUCAAUGAAAAUAUAAUUUCCAAAUUAAUUCACGAAAUAAAAAAUAUACAUAAAGAAUUAUAUCAACAUUCAUGUAAUCCUGAAAGCAAAAAUAGCUGUUAUGAUAUUUUUUAUGAAAAUGAAAUAUUUAUCAGUGAAGAGAAUGAACAAAAUUAUAAUUAUUAUUACACAUAUAAAUUGCAUAAUUAUGUGUUAUCAUAUUUAGAAAAAAGUCAAUUUUUUAACAUGUUUUUGUACAUUUUAAAAGAGUUUGAAAAACAUAUAAAAAACAUAUUAUUUUUAAAUUCCUAUGAUAUAUCUUUUAUUACAACUCUUAAUGAUUUUAUAUUUUAUUUCCUGAACUGUUCAGGUGGAAUAAAUUUGUUAAUCAAUUAUAACAUCGAAUUGUACAAAAAAACGUACAUAAAUAUUUGUCUAAUUAUAAAUAAAAAAAUGAAACAAUUAAACAGUAAUAUAAAUAAUAAGAAUGAAGAAGGCGAGGGUGCCGAUGAAAAUGAUGAAAAUGGUCAAAAUUGUCAAACUGGUCAAAAUGGUCAAAAUGGCCAAAAUAGUCAAAAUGGUCAAAAUGGUCAAAAUGGUCAAAAUGGUCAAAAUAGUCAAAAUUGCCAAAAUGAUAAUAACGAAAAUAAUUACAGCCAAAAUGAUGAUACUGAAAAAGAACGAGAAGAAAACGAAUUUAACAAUAACUAUGAUUUUGAUGAUCCAUAUAAUGAGAACAAUCACAACGGCAUGAAUGAGAACAAUCAAAAUGGCAUGAAUGAAAACAUAAAUCAAAUAAAAAAUUCAGGAGAUUCAGAAUGCAUAUUUCCUGAAAAUAAUAACUUGGGUUUUAUUCAAAACAAAAAAGAUGAAGAUUUAAAUAAAGAAGGAUUUAAUAAUUUAGAUGAAAAAAAAGAGAAAAAAAUUUUAUAUAAUGAAAAAAACUUUUUUUAUGAUAAUUUAAAAUGUGUAUAUACAUAUAACGACAUUUUAAGAAAUAAAGAUAUUUCGGAUAUAUAUUAUUUAAAUGGGUAUAAUUAUAAAGAUAUGAAAAAUACUCGUAAUUCUUGUUCAUAUAUUUUAUGUUCUAUAAUAGCAUUUUAUAAAUCAAAUUUAUUAAUUAAUAAUUUUUUUAAAUCAGAAGAAAAUAUAUCAUUAGAAUAUUUAAAAAUAUUUAGUUCCCUUUCUGCAUAUCCACUAUUUAAAUUAGCAAUGUGCAAUAAUAGAAAUAUUCUAAACUUGUUAACACAUCUUACACAUUUGUUAUAUUAUUCUAUUUUUUUGGAAAAACAAUAUGAAGAAAAUAAUUCUUCCAAUUCACAAAUUAUUAAAUUUAGAAAAAAUAAAAUAAAUGACAAUAAUAUAACAGAAGGGGAUAAUAAUAAUUCUACUAAUUUUUUUGAAGAUAAUAAUAUGAACAAGUCAGAAAAUAAUUUAAUAUCAAAAAAUGUCAAAAAUAAAUUUUAUAAAAAAAAUUCAAAUGAAUAUAUUUUAGUAACUAUUAAAUAUAUAUUAAGUAUAAUUUAUAAUUUAAUAUUUUAUGAUUAUUCUGGAUAUUUUAUUUUUCAUUCUGGUUAUUCUAUUUUUGUAUGUUUAGAAGAAAUAAAAAAUUUAAUUGGUGAAAUAAAAAAAAAAAAAGAUUAUUAUUUUGGAGCAUUAAAUAGUAAAAAUAUUAAUAAAUUUUUUUUAAAAGAUUAUAUAAGUAAUGAUAAAAUUCUUUUUAAAAAAUAUUUCAUAAUGUAUGAAAAUUUGAAAGGUCUAUAUACAGAUUUAUAUAAAUAUGAAAAAAAAAAAUUUAGCGAAAUGGAUAUCCAAAAAAGAAAAGAUACAUAUAGAAAUGCGAUGCUGGAAUUUGUACAAAAGUGUGACAAAUCAAAUGGUGAGCAUGUUGAAAAUGGCGCAUAUUUGAAUUACAGUUUUAUUGAUAAGAUUUUAUCUAUAUAUCAAGAAAACCAAUUUUUUAAUUUUCUUCCAUUAAGAUCGUGUUACACACCAAAUGUUUGUAAAAUAAUUGAAGCAUUAAGAAUUGAAAAAGAUAAAUAUAUUUUAAAAAAAUCAAAAGAAUUAAAUAAUUAUAAUUGUAAAUUAAAUAAUGAUAUAUAUAUAAGCAAUUCUUCAAAAAGCUGUACUAAAUUAGGAACAACUAUUAAUGAUCAAUAUGUAGAAUUGUUAGAAGAGUUUGAUGAUAAUAUUGUUUCAACUAUUUGCUCCAAUACUACUAUAUCAGAAUUAAAUACAAUAUAUAAUACUUCAUCAGUUAUUCCAAAUAUUGAAACCAAUUCAAAUUCAAGUUUAAAAAUAGGCUAUUAUCCUAUUUUACCUCUAAAUUUGUUAUAUUAUUAUAUGAAUAAAUGCCCUAAUAUUAGUUAUUUUUCAGAUUUGUACAAAACAAAUCAUAAAAAUGAGCAUGAUGAAAAUGAGCAUGAUGGAAGCGAACAUGAUGGAAGCGAGCAUAACGAAGGAAUAGAUAAAGAAGAUAAUAAAUGUGACGAAGAAAAUGGUAGCAAAUUUUAUCAAAAUAAAUAUGGACUAUUUGUUUAUGAUAAUUUAAUAUAUAAUAAUUAUAUAUGUGUCAAAAAUAAAAAACUAGAUGAAAAAAAUAAACCAAUUAUGAUUCAAAUGAAUAAUCAAUUUUUUAAUGAAAAUGAUAAAAAUAAUGAUAAUUAUAUAAAUAAAUAUGAUGAAAAUAAUUAUAAAAAUAUAGGAUCAAAAAUAUAUCUAACUAAUAAUCUUGAAUUUAUAAUCAAAUUAAUUAAUAAAAGUAUAUUUUUCUUAAAUAUUAAUAAUUUAAAAUUAGCAUUAAUUCAUUUCAAUAAGUUAAAUGGUAGAAAUCUUUUCAAAAUUAUAAAAAAACGUUUAAAAACGUUAAAUUUUGUAAAAAGCAUUUUAAAUGUUCUUUUUAAUUUUUUUUAUAAUUUAACCGCUAUUUCAAAAUAUCAAAAAAUUGCCAUGUUAACAUCUUAUAGAAAUCAUGAAUUAUUUUAUUCUCUUUUAUAUUUAUUAAAUAAAUUAUUAAGCUUUAAUGAUUGGUUAGGUUCAAAUAACAUUUCAGAAUAUAAUCAUCAUACAUCUAUAUAUACUUUAAGAUAUAAUAUUAUUUAUAUUUUAAGAAUAUUUUAUCUUUGGUAUCAUAAUACUUUAGAUAAUCAAUCUUUUCUUUUACGAUCUGUUUUAAGAUAUACUAGAAUUUUACCUUGUUUUAAUAUAUCAGGUAUGUUAUUAUUAUUAAUUUUUUUUGAUUUUAAAAAUAUAUUUCCAGAAUAUAUUUAUUCAUUUUAUUUAUCUACAAAUUUAAAAAAUAUCUGUUAUGAAAAUUGUGCAUCUACUACUCAACACGAUGAUUCACAAAUAGAUAAACAAGAAUCUGACAAAACAGAAAUCUCAGAUUCAUCUUUUGAAAGUGAAACAGAUUCUCAAUAUUUUCAAACAUUUUCUAAUGAUAACUCGGAAAGUGAUGGCAAUCUGAGCACAGUGAUGUCGCAGGAAAGUGGCAGAAAAGGCGGAAAAAAUGAAGAUGCUCAUGAUGACGAAUCAAAUAGUAGCAGUGAUGAGGUGAACAAAAUUAAGUUAGACCUUGUUAAUAAUUGUGGACAUUUAGAGCAUGUUAAUAAUUGUGGAAAUUUAGAGCAUGUUAAUAAUUGUGGAAAUUUAGAGCAUGUUAAAAAUAUAAAUAAAGAGAAUACGCAAGAGUUUUUUAAUUUUUCAAAAAUGGUAAAUAAUAACUAUACAGGAAUUUAUAGUGAUGUUGAAGCAGAUAAUGAAAAGUCCGAUUCAGAGAAUGAAAAUUAUAAUGAUGAAAUAAAAAAAAAAAAAUUCGAAGAAAUAAUUUUAUAUUCUAAAAUUGAAGAUCCAUAUAUGAUUUCAAAUAUUAGUGGAAACAAUAUAAUAGAAAAUGAUAGAAAUAUAAAUAGUAAUGAAAAUCGAAAUAAUUUAGAUAAUAUAAAUACAGAAAAAAAAAAAAAAUUAAUUUAUAUGUGUUGUUCUAUAAACACAACAAAACGUAUAAUUAAUGAUCAAUUUUUAAAAAAAUAUCGAAUUUUAAAUUUAAAUUUUGGAGAAAAUGAAUAUGAAAAUACAUUUUAUUUUACAAAUUAUCAUAAUCGAUUAACAAAUAACUAUUUAUCUUUUAUAGGAAAUUUAAAUAUAAAUUUAACAGAUCUAACAGAUGUAGAUAAUAAACAUAAUAUAAAUAUUGUUAAUAAAGAAAUUGAACAUUCAAUAGUACCACCACCUCCCAAUACAAUAAAUAUAAAUAAAAAUAUUUAUAAUUCUUUAGAUAAUAUGAUGCAUAAAAAUUAUAUUGGAAAUAACAAAAGUGGAAUUUCAUUCUUAUCACAUAAUAAAAUUGAUAUAAAAAAAAAAGAAAAAAACAAAUUUGAAAAUGAUAAUGACAUCAUUUCUAAUGUGAAAGAGAAAGCAACAAUUCAAACGACUCCAUAUCCAAUACAAAAUUUAUUAAAAGAUAAUGAAAUAGAUAAUGUAGAAAAUAUAAUGAAUAUGUUACGAAAUGAUGAACAUAUAUUUGAAGAACAUAUAAAUAUAAAAUAUUUAAAAAAAGAUGAAAAAGAAAAAAUUUUUUUAAUAAAAAAAGAAUUAAAAAAUAGAGAAUAUAUAAAUUUUGAAGAUAUAUGUGAUUAUAUAAAUUUUAUACUUCGAAUAGGAAAAAGUAAUAAUGUAAUAUCUCGAUGUUUAAGUGCAUAUUGUUGUGUAAUAUUUAUAAAUCAUAGAAUACCAAUUUUUUCUAUUUUAUUUAAACAUAUUGAAGAUGUUAUAUCAAAUUUAAUCUCAAUCACAUUAUGUGAUAAAAAAGAUGAAAAUAAUCAUAAUAAUACAACUAUAUUAAUGAAUAAAAUUAGUUAUUUUUCUUUUUAUUCUUAUAAUAAUACACAAUCUAAUAAUAUUUAUUAUACAUAUAAUCAAGAAUUAUAUAUCUUAAAAGAGUUGUGUAAUUUAUUAUGUUUUGUUCUAGACAUUUUAAAAAUUUGUUUUUUUAAUAAUUAUAAAAAUAGUUAUAAUAAAUUAAUUAAACUUUUAUAUCUACCAUCUAAUAAAUUGCUAAAUAUAAUUCAAAAUUUGAUCAUAAAACUUAAUAAUAUAUUUCCACAAGAGCUUAUUAGAUUUAUUGUUAAAAUAAUAUCUACAAUAUUUCAAGGAUAUAUUUAUGUUUUUUUCUUAUAUUUCACAAAAAAUACUAUUAUACAUGAUCAUCGAAAUUUUCCAAAUACGAGCAUGCAAUGUAGUAGAUUCGUGCAAUGUAGUAGACCCGUGCAAUGUAGUAGAUUCGUGCAAUGUAGUAGAUUCGUGCAAGACGACACAAACUCAUUAUUUAUUAACAAAGAUAUACUAAUUAGUGAAAAACAAAAUUUAUUUUUAUUAACAAAAAAGGAUAAACCAUGUGACGAAACAGAUGAUAACCAAUCUACUAAAUUAGAUACAAAUUUUGUAGAAAAAAAAAAUGAAAAAAAUUCAAAUAUUAAAAUGGAAGAAUAUACACAAGUUUUUUUUUCAUGUCCUAACUAUUUAAAAUAUAUAAGAUUUUUUUUUAAAUUUUAUUUUAACAUUGUUAAUACAAAAAAUGUUAUUAAUGAUAAUAAUAAAGAUAUAAUUUAUAAAUAUUCAGAUUAUGUUAAUUUAAAAACAGUUACUAUGUGUCUAUCUACUAUUUAUGAAAUUAUUAAAAAUAAAAUUAUUUAUUUUUUUAUUUUUUUUAAUGUUGAAAAAAGGUUAGAAAAUAUUUUCUUUAAGUAUAUAAAAACGAGUCAAAAUAAAAAUAAAAAUAAAAAUAACAUUGUUUCCCUUUUUACAAACGCUGAUAAUGGAUUUGAAAAGGACCCCGAAUUAUAUGACAAAGAAAAUUAUUAUAUUCAUUAUUUUAAUUUUUUUUUAAAACUUAAUAAACAUAUAAAUAUAUCAAAUUUAGUCGAAUUUUUAUCAUUUUAUUUUGAUAUUGUUCAAGAUAAUACUAAUAAAAAUUUAUACAAAAUUAUCGAAUUAUAUGAAUAUUUAAAUAUUAUCGAAAUUAUAUUAAAUAUAGUUAUACAAAUUAUAAAUUAUCAUUUUAAUUCCAUUUUUAUACUUAUACACCUUUUCCAAAAUAAUGACCAAGAAGCUAUCAAAUUAUUAGAUCAUAUAAAUAAAAUGUAUAAAAUUUGCAAAAUUCAAAAUGAUGCAAAACAAAUUUAUAAUAAAAUAGAUAUAAACAAAUGUAGAAAAAAAUAUUUUAAAUCUUUAUCCAACUUUGCUAAAUAUAUAUUUUAUUUUAAGAAACAUUUUCUAAAUUCGUUGCUAAAUUCUUUGCGAAAUUUAUAUCAAUUUGUUCUAACCAAAUCGAAUCCAACAAAUCAUAAUGCAACAACAAAUACUGAACCCAUUUCAAAUAUAGAACCCGAUUUAUUAAAUAGUUCAAAUUUUACAGAAAAUAUUAUAGACAAAGAUAAAAAUAACUCUCUCAUUAUUCUUGCAAAUUCAAUUCUAAUGAUUAUAAAUAAGUUACAAAAUGUUAAAAGAAAAGUAUUAAAUUUGGAUACAUCUUAUAUUCCAUCUAUUACUUUAAAAAAUUUUUUUUUAUUUAUUUGUUAUGAUCUUGAUCAAUUACAUACCUUAUAUAAACACCAAUCUCUAAAAAGAAAAACAGAAUUUGAAUUGGAUCAAAAUCAGAACCACCAAUCAGUGCCCUUGCCAAAAAGGAGGAAGCUCGGCCUUGGCGAAAAAAAUGGCGAAAAAAAUGACGAAAAUGGUGAAAGUGGCGAAAAAAAUGACGAAAGUGGUGAAAGUGGCGAAAAUGGCGAAAAUGGCGAAAAUGGCGAACAUGGCGAAACGCGCGGGGCGAAAAGGAACUACUCUUUUUAUUUUGAAAACAUGUAUAAUAAGACAAGUUUUGUGAUAAACAAAGAUUACUUAUUUAAUAAGCUGGGUGAAGUAUUUUAUUCAAAUUAUUUAAUAAACAAAAUAAGAAAAGCAUAUGAAUCACAUCAACAUUUAGAUAAUAAUUAUUUGAAUACUAUAAAAAAUAUAAAUAUUAGUAAUAUUAAUCCAGCAGUUAAUAAAAAAAUAUAUGAUUAUCCUUCUCAUCUUUUUUCUGAUAUAUUAUCAAAAAUAUAUUUAUAUGAAAAUGAUGAAGAUAAAAAAAGUUUUAUAUUAUUUAAUUUACCACAAGAAAAUAAAUCUAAAGAAAUCGAUCAAACACAUUCAUUAUAUAAUUAUAUUAAUGUAUUAAAGGAAGAGCUUAAUAAAAUUGAAAAAAAAAAAAAUGAAUUAUUGUCUCAAGCAAAAAAUAAACAAUAUAAUAAAAAAAAUGAUAAAAAUAUAUAUGAUGACCAUUUUAGAAAUAGAAAAACAAUAUCUUCUAGAGCACCUUCAAAACAUGUUGAUGAUUAUGAGGCAGAAAAAGGAAAUGCAAAUCAAACAAUAAAUAAUGAAAAUGAAAAUGAUGAAAAUAAACAAAUAACAGAACAAACUGAAUUAUUAUCUAAUAAUGAAAUUUCAAGUGAGUAUAUUGGAACACAAAAUAAAAAUACAGGAGAUUUAAAUUUAGGAAAAAAUGAUAAUACUUCUACUAAUUAUACAAAUAAAACUAAUGCGAAUAAUGCGAAUAAUGUAAAUAAUGUGAACAGUGUGAACAAUGCGAAUGCGAAUAUUUUUAAGAAUACAAACAUUUCUAGUGCUAUAGAUAUGGAAGGAAAUGUUAUAAACAAUUUUAAUGACGAUGAUAAUAAUUUGGGAAAAAAUCAAAAAAAAAUACAAAAAAAAAAUAUUAAUUAUUUAACAAAAAAUAAUAUAAAUAACGAUGAUGAAAAUAUUGUUAUUAAUGAAAUAGAUCAAACUUAUCAACAUUCUAAUUGUAACAAUAAUAUUGACACUACCAAUACAGAAUCUAAUAAUAAAAAUAUAUCUCCUGAUACUAAUGAAUUAAUAAAUAAAUCAUCACAAUUUGAAGAUUGUACAUGUUAUAAGUUUACAUUAUUAGGAUGGAAAGAAUUUUCAGAAGAUGGUCAUAAGCAUGAUUUAGAUGUUUGUAAAAUUGUUAAUAAACCGGUUCUAUUAAAAGAUCCACGAAUCAAAAUGAAGUUUCUUAGAAUUUUAGAUAGACACAAUAAUAUAAAAGAUAUUUUUAAAAAGCUGGGUGUCGACAUAAAAUAA